AUGAGCAAUUACCUUAAAACCCAAGAGGAAGACUUCUACUACACUAUGAGGAAUAUUGAAAUCAAGCUGAAAAUGGAAGAAAUUUCAAUCCUUAAAUAAAGCCAGUUAUAAAUAAGUUCUACGAAAAUUUAUUCGACUCUAACCAUGUAAAGUUCCCGAAUAAACCCAAACAGUCACUUUACAAGAGGAAUUUACAAAUAUAAGUAAAUAACCUGGGAGAAAUCUACCCUCUGAAAAAGAAUAGGCCACCUAGUUUAAAACUCAAGAAAGGGAACAGCAAGAGAGCUAAAUUUGUUGGACUCCCAAAGAUCAAUAAUAGGCAGGAUUCGAAACCUUUGGGCCACCAUAUCACCCGCACUUCGAGUUCUCACGAUUCGUUUGAGACUGUCACUUCAGAAGAGUCCUCUUUUCACUCUGUUGAUCCUACUAAAAUUAAGAGAAGAAACGCUAAGAUAGCAAUUGAGCCUUUUCAUACUAGAAAUGAAGAUGAAAACGAAUAUUAUAAAACAGAGUCUCUUGAAAACGGCCAAACUAGUAUACUAAAUUCCUCAUUGCAACGGAACAACACUAAGAAAUUAAACCUUAAACCUGGUUUUCACAAGUCAAAUUUCAAGAAAUUGCCAACAGUAUGAGAGAACAACAAAGAGACUCAAACUGCUCCUGUUAAGAUUCUAACUCUCCAUUCAAACACUGAAAGCAACCAGUCUUUCCUUCCCCAAAACUCAGUUAGGAGCAAAAUUUAUAAAAAAUCAGUCGCAAAGAUAAACUCAAUGGAAAAAUCAACCUUUAACAAGGGCAAUUCACCAGGCAUAAGUAAAGCUCUAAGAAGGAUGAGGUCUAAAUAAAAUUAACCCUUCUACGAGUCUAAGGCUCCAAGUACUUCAGUCCAGAAAUACGAUUAGAAGUUCUAGUUCUAACGGCAAAAUUGGUAUUCAGCCUCAGAUUAGUAGUGUUAAUUCAGAAAGAACAUGGAAGCCACAAGGAUCUGUAGUAGUGGAAAAUCUCUCACAGCCGCUCUCUACCAGGGACAAGGGAGAAUGUGACUCUCCAAGUCCAAUCAGCGAAUACCUCUUUGUUGGUAAUAAAACAAAAAGUAGACGUAUGAAUACCAAGAUCAACCACAAAAAGAGCUUUCAACUUUUGGACGAGAAAAAUCAAAUUACUCCAAAAACAACGUCUCAUUAUCUGCUCUAAGCCAUUCUCAACCUUCUUAGCCCUCGUUUUAUCUUCA